ACUACACGUGCGUACGACAAGCUUGUGAUGCAAAAUGCCAGCUAGAAUGGUUACCGGUAGAACAGGUUUAUCAGGUGCUCCUCGCGUCGGAAACAGGUUGAAAUGAUCAUCUAAAGUACAUCAUCCUACAACAUGCGAGAACACAGUAGAUCACCGGUGUACAGGUCCUGUCUGAGGCACCUUGUCAUCCUCGUCACCCUGCUUGUAGCGUCGCGACGUUGCGAUGUCUCCGCGGACAGCCAAGUCCUGCAAAAAUGCCACAUGAAGCCUUUCGGUUGUCACAAGCCGCCGUCUGGAACGGUCGAGACUAUCGACGCCGUCCCUGACCCCGAGACGUUCUACCGCGACUACGUCCGCAAACACAUCCCCGUCCUCAUUAAGGGGGGAGCUGCUCACUGGCCAGCGGCUCAAAAAUGGCCCGGGAACGACCAAUACCUCACCGAAGCAUUCGGAGACGAAGUCUUCGAGGUAGAUUUCCGCAAGGUCUGGAAAGGCAGCUUUGUCUUCACGAAGAAAAUGAAGUUUCGAGACUUCUUGAAGAUGUACCGGGAUGAGCCGGUCUAUCUGGAUUCUCCGAUGAGCAUCUCGAGUCAGAUGUACAAAGACAUGGAACUGCCACGCUUUCUGGCCUGUAAUGAGCCAAGUGAUUUGUUGACGAGUAUAAACCUGCUGUACAGCUCAGGGAACACCAGUUAUGUUAUUCACCAUGACGGAUUGGACAACAUCCUGACAGUGGUGUCAGGGAGGAAAUCUGUGCUGGUGAGCCACCCCAAGUUCUCCCGACACCUGUACAUGAACAACUUCACCGUGCUACCAGGGUUGGCCCCCCUGGACCCAGAGGAGAUAGACCUAGUCAAGUAUCCACUUGUCGCUGAGGUGGACUAUUCCAUUGCUGAGUUAGAGGCAGGGGACAUGUUAUUUAUUCCACAGUUUUGGUUCCACCAGGUACGUUCUGAAGAAGACCCGAACAUCGCCUUCAGUAUCUGGUUUGAGCAGUUUACAGAGUGCAAUGCAAGAGCAGAGAAAGAGUACAACACAUUGCUGCAGAUUGUUGAGACCAGCGAGCUGUUCUCAAGGUGCGUGGAGGAGCAACCUAAAGAGACCAGCUGUAAGCCAGGACCUCCGCCGCCUCUGUCUCAGAUUGUAGCAUCUUUGUCCCAAGAGAAGAAGGAAAUAUGGCUCACCACCAGCAAUACUGGUGAAAUCGAGGAGGCAAAACCUGUUCCAGACAAGACGAUGGCUAGUGGAUAUUCUAUCCCUGUUCUUGGGUUGGGUACAGCACAGAUGGAUGAGAAGACAUAUGACGCUGUGUUAUUUGCGCUCAAGUCUGGCUACAGAAUGAUCGACACAGCGCAAUCCUACACAUACUCAGAGGAGUCCAUCGGCAGAGCCAUCAAGGAUUCCGGCGUUCCCAGAGAGGACAUCUUCAUCAUCACCAAACUGGCGCCAACGUUCUUCGGCUCCGGUCCAACCAAGAAGUCCGUCGACGUGUCGCUCGAGAAGCUGGGGACUGACUACAUCGACCUGUUCCUGAUCCACUCUCCAUACUGUGAGGAGGAGGUUGCGGACGGUGACGACGGUUAUCACAGAUGCCCCCUGGAUAAUCCCAACGCAUCGUGGGAAGAGAGUUGGAAGGCCAUGGAAGAGCUUCACCGAGAGGGAAAGAUCCGGAGUCUGGGGGUCAGCAACUUCUACCCCAAACAGCUGAGCAAACUCGUGGACAUGGCGAAGGUGCCUGUCUCCCUGGUGCAGAACUGGUUCGACCCGUUCUACCAGGACCAGGCCACGAGAGAGUUCUGCCGCCAGCACGACAUCGUGUACCAGGGGUACAGCACGCUCGGAACGGUGUGGCCGGAUACGUUCGACCCACCGAUAGCUAACCCCGUCCUCACAAAUGUCGACCUCCUCGCCAUCGCCGAUUCCAUGGACCAGUCGGUACCCAACGUCGUUCUACGCUGGGCCAUACAGAAGGACGUUGUGGUGAUCCCCAAAGCCGUGACCGAGAAGCACAUCUUGAACAACCUUAAUGUUCUUGACCAGGACCUGAGUGAGUCCCACAUGGCCUAUAUCAAUCAUGCCAUCGUUCCCGUGAAGAUUCACGAAGACGGGGAACCGAUCCUAGACAAGGACGUGUUGAAAAGGAUCAUGGGAUUUAAUGUAGAGGAAAACCCUGAGGCUCACAUGCCAGAUUUCAGGAUGCCCAGUGGACACACAAUUCCUGUUUUUGGCCUUGGGACGGCUGGGAUGAUGGAGAAGACAUAUGAUCUGGUGCUGUUUGCAUUGAAGGCUGGGUACAGGAUGAUUGACACAGCACAGUCGUACUACCGCUACAACUCUGAGGAAGAAGUCGGCCGUGCCAUAAAGGACUCAGGCAUCCCUCGAGAAGAAAUCUUCCUCGUCACUAAGCUUUCCCCGAGAUUCUUCGGCCGAGACUUAACACUCAGCACAGUUCAGGACUCCAUUAAGAAACUUGGCGUGGACUACAUCGAUCUUCUCUUGAUCCACGACCGAGACUGCAGCGACCCUCACUACCAGUGUGAACCGGGUGAGCCCAAAGCAUCAUGGGAGGAGAGCUGGAAGGCCAUGGAGGAGCUGCAUAACGAGGGCAAAGUUCGCAGCCUGGGCGUGAGCAACUUCUACCCGAAACACCUGGAGAAGCUGCUGGCCAUGGCAAAAGUUCCAGUGUCCGUUGUACAGAACUGGUUCGACCCUUUCUACCGUGACGAGGCCACGAGAGAGUUCUGCAAACAACACGGGAUCGUGUACCAGGGGUACAGCACGCUGGGAGGCAUGUGGACGGAGUGGAUGUUCAGGAAGAAAAAGGUGGAGAAGGCAAAGAACCCCGUCCUGACCAGUCCGAUUUUGGCAAAACUUUCCAAAACCUUAGACAUCCCCGUGGCUAACAUCGUCCUCCGAUGGGCCUUACAGAAAGGUGUUGUCAUCAUCCCAAAGUCUGUGAAGACGGAGCGCAUUCUGAACAACCUCGAGGUGCUUAAUAUGGAACUGAACAAGCUCAGCAUCCGUGUUGUUGAUGAAAAGAUCGCGCCGGUAAAGAUAGACGAGGAUGGUCUACCUUCCGUGUACACAGAUGAGAAAGAGUGGAACAGGAUUAUAGGGAGCUCUAAUGACAGUGAACAAGAAGAAGAAGAAGAAGACGUCCAAGCACAGAAGAACAGUGAACAUCAGAAGAGGACAAAGUUGUUUGAGCCUGUGAAUCCGAAAGAUGAGACCAUUUUUGUCGGUUCUGACAGUGGAACAAUGUUUGCCUUGGAUGGGGAAACUGGAAAAGUGAAGUGGACAUUUACUACAGACGAGGAUCUUGGUUCUUCUCCUGCGUUCAGCCCUGAUCGGUCUGUGGUGUACUUUGGAACAGAGGACGGACAUGUCAAUGCCUUACAAGCUAAAGAUGGGCACGUCUUAUGGAGAUAUAAAACAGGUGGCGCAGUGACGUGCUCCCCCUCAGUUGGCCCGGAUGGUACGGUCUACAUCGGCACCCUGGGCAACCAGAUGUACGCCUUCACACCAGAUGGGAGCGUGAAGUGGUCGCGUGACCUGGGCGGAGAGAUCUGGAUACACCUUGCCUUGGCACACGACGGAGGGCUGGUGUAUGUCGGAACAAUGGCAGAAACCAACUCCAACGCCUUUGCACUGGAUACACAAACAGGGGCUCCUGUUUGGUCCUUCAAAGCAGCGGGUCCGAUAUUCACCGGCCCGGUCCUGAGCCCUGACGGCCGGUACGUGUACUACAGCUCCAAGGACUCCCACAUCUACACUCUCCUGGCAGACAGCGGCAGUCUGGUCAGGAAGUUUGACAUCGGGGAGCACCAUGACGGCAUAGACUCCUCUCCUGUCAUCAGCAGGGACGGAACACUGUUUGUUGGCACAAGAGGAGGGUCAGUCAUGGCUGUGGACAUUGAGCAAGGGAAACUGAAGUGGGAGAAGGAGUUCGGAGGUGAUCAUGAAAUCCAGUCGUCACCGGCCCUGGACAAUGAGGGUUACCUGUAUAUCGGCUCAGGUGACGGCAACCUCCUCAAACUCAAACAAGAAGAUGGUUCUGUUGUAUGGAAGUUUCCUGCCGGUGAAGAGAUCUGGUCCGGCCCCAGACUGGAUAAGCACGGCCGCGUGUAUGUAGGCUCGAUCUCCGGCCCCGUCUUCUGCGUGGACCGUGAGACGGGCCGCGUGGUCUGGUCUUACGAGACCGAGGGUCCCGUGGUGGCAACGCCGCUGAUCACGGUGGAGCACCAGUAUGUGUACGAGUAUGGGCAAGGCACGGAGGCCAAGAUUGAGCUGUGAAUGUACAGUUUAAAGGCAUCUAUUACAAUUUCAGGGAGGCAAAGCUGGAUUUUCAAGUCAUUUUUCUGGUCAUUCUUUUAAUAAUAAGAAAGUUUAUUGCAAAUACUUGCCCGA